GAGGAGGAGGAAGAGGAGCGUGUUGUUUGUUUAGGUUUUCGCAGACAAAAUGGGGACUCUUUCCUGCUUUGUCUGUAUGUCUGGACUUUUUGUGCUCCUUGCGAGCUCAUCAGCAUCUUCAGAUGUGUUCGACAGCGUGUUAGGAAACACGGCAUCCUGCCACAAGUCAUGUGAAAUGACAUAUAGUUUGCACACGUAUCCUCGGGAGGAGGAACUGUACGCCUGCCAGAGAGGCUGCCGUCUCUUCUCCAUUUGUCAGUUUGUUCGUGACAACGACGACCUGAAUCAGACCAAAUCUGAUUGUGAAUCAACCUGUCGUGAAGCCUACACCCAUUCUGAUGAGCAGUAUGCAUGCAACCUGGGCUGCCAAAAUCAGCUUCCUUUUGCUGAGCAACGGCAUGAGCAGUUGGAGGCCAUGAUGCCGAGGAUUCACCUGCUGUACCCCCUGACUCUGGUCCGGGGGUUCUGGGAGGAUAUGAUGAGUCAGGCCCACAGCUUCAUCACUUCCACUUGGACGUUCUACCUCCAGGCCGAUGAUGGCAAAGUUGUCAUCUUCCAGACUGAACCACAAGUCAGGUUUUUCUCCCAGUUUGAGGAGGAAAAAGACAAGGAGGAGCCACAGAAGAGCUUCCCUGGAUUGAGCCCAGUUUACAAAGAAUACCAUCGCACUUUAAUCCAGGAGAGGGACAGAGAUCUGACCGGAGACCGCAGCUUCGAUGAUGAAUACAACCUCUUCAGCUGUCUUUCAAGGAACCCAUGGCUACCAGGGUGGAUCCUCACCACAACUCUGAUCCUGUCUGUGCUGGUGCUGAUCUGGAUCUGCUGUGCCACUGUGGCGACCGCUGUAGACCAGUACGUACCUGCUGAGAAAUUGAGCAUCUAUGGGGACAGGGAGUACGUCAAGGAACAGAAACUGACUCCAUAUCCAGCGUCCUCCCUGCUGAUCAUUACCUCCAAAGGCCCAGAAGAAGAAGAAGCCGGGCCGCUCCCCUCCAAAGUCAACCUGGGCCAGUCCGACAUCUAGACGCCAAAGCUGUAGCAGAGAAGGGAUUUCCUCUUUUAUGAAUAAUCUUAAGUUGAUUUUUACCCUCUGGCACAAGACCUGUGCUUCUUGUGGUUUAAACAGAAGUAACUACUCACAGAGCAUUUUGUAUUUCUGAUAUAAUGUCUCCCUUUGAUGCUUUUAAAAUUGGAGUACUGAAAAGGUGUUUUUUCUGUAUAUUGGUACAAUUGAGGCAUUACAGUAUAGUGAUGAUGGUGAGAGUAAAAUAUGUUUUGGGGAUUUUUCUUCAGUUUCGAUGUGUGCGUUAGAUCCCUGUUGGUGUGCUUAUUUUAUUGAAUAAUGGCUAAAUGAAAUUAUUUGUGACUUGAAGUGAUGCAGGUUUCAACCUCAACUUUUGGUAAAAAUAGAUUGUGCUAAUAUUGCAGACUUUACCCGUUUGUUUCCAUGUUUCUACUGCCGUGAUUUACAGAUGAUAUAGGGUUUUACAAUAAAAUUCUAAGCUCUUAAUCCUAAUUAAUAGUGACGGUACACAUGGUAGGUCUUUCCUGCUUCACUGUUCUCAUAAUGACCGAUCUGAAUUAAAUACAAUGGAGUGAAGGUGUUGA